AUAAUUGAGGCAGCCUCACGAGUAUAACAAAAAAACACCAAAACGAUCUUUAACGCAUUCCCUCCCUCCAAAUCAGUCUUUCGUGUCGGAGUCGGGGAAGAUGGAGAGCCAAGCUGGAAUCCAUGGCAGUGGAAGUUGCAUCACCGCCGAUAUGGAGCAAGGCAGCAUAGAGAGUUACAGAUUCUACCUCUCUCGGAGAACCCUCUUCCAGAUGCUCUCCGACCGCGGCUACAACGUCCCCCACUCCGAACUCACCUGCUCCCUCUCCGACUUCCGUGCCUCCUUCGGUCAGAACCCCGACCCUAGCCGUCUCCGCAUUUGCCUUCCUCUCAUCUCCAGUCCCUCCAAAAAGAUUCUAGUCGUUUUUUGUGGAACAGAUGAAAUAAGAAAGGCUGUAAUUCGUGUCAUUUUCCAACAGAUUAACAGAGAGGGUUUGCACCGGCUUAUAUUAGUCUUGCAAAGUAAGAUGAAUUCUCACGCUCGAAAAGUAGUGGAUGAAUAUCCAAUUAAAGUUGAGCUUUUCCUAAUCACGGAACUUUUGAUUAAUAUUACAAAGCAUGUUUCGGUGCCAAAGCACGAGAUUCUGAGCGCUCAAGAAAAGAGAAAGCUGGUAAACAAAUACAAGCUGGAAGAUAAGCAGUUCCCUAUUAUGCAGAAAGACGAUGCCAUUGCACGCUACUAUGGUCUAGAGAAGGGGCAGGUGGUGAAAAUUACAUACAAAGGCGGAAUGACUGAUUCUUUGGUUACCUACCGCUGCGUUUCUUGAUGCCUCCACAAACAUGCUUCCACAUUUGUGUGGGGACUGACAUGCUGGAAAUCCUUUUAUUCUGCACAAAUUUAACAGAUAUUCAUUAUGUUAACAUAUUUUUACACUGAUAUUAAUGGAACCUAAAGGCUUACUACCUAAUUACUCAU